UGCAAUGUCUGGACGUGGCAAGCAGGGAGGAAAGGCUCGCGCCAAAGCCAAGUCCCGUUCUUCCCGGGCAGGGCUCCAGUUCCCUGUGGGCAGAGUUCACCGUCUGCUCCGUAAAGGCAACUAUGCCGAGCGGGUGGGCGCCGGCGCUCCAGUCUACCUGGCGGCGGUGUUGGAGUACUUGACCGCCGAGAUCUUGGAGCUGGCGGGGAACGCAGCCCGCGACAACAAGAAGACGCGCAUUAUCCCGCGCCAUCUGCAGCUGGCCAUCCGCAACGACGAGGAGCUCAACAAACUGCUGGGCCGCGUCACCAUUGCACAGGGCGGCGUCCUGCCCAACAUCCAGGCCGUUCUGCUGCCCAAGAAAACCGAGAGCCACCACAAGGCCAAGGGAAAAUAA